AUGACGGAACAAAAUGAGGGGAAUCGCGUUCAAGUCGCCUUGAGGAUUCGUCCUGUGAUGAAACUGGACAAGGAUGGCGACAAGAUUGUUGUAAGAGCGUGCGAUUCGAGCACCGUUGCAAUAGGCAGUGAAAGGGAUAUGCGAACGUACUCCUUUGAUCACGUUUUGGCUACCGACCAGCACAGCGUUUUCGAGGCCAUUGGUCGACCGAUGGUGGUGGAGGCAUACAAAGGCUUCAAUGUGUGCCUUUUUGCUUAUGGCCAGACUGGGAGCGGCAAGACCUAUAGCCUUCUGGGCGAUAUGAACAACUCAGAGCUGUGCGGCAUUACUCCGCGUCUCGUGCGCCAACUGUUUGACGAAGCCCAGCGACUUGUGGAGGAGGAUCCCGAUCUAGCUAUUAAAAUGUCGCUGUCGAUGAUUGAGGUGUACAUGGAGAAGUUGCGUGACCUGCUUGUGGUGCGGCAGCAUGGGCAGGAGCCGGAGCCACUUGAAAUCCAUGAAGACUCCAAUCAUCAUGUGUACGUCAAGGGAGCUAGUGUGCAUCCAGUGUUGGGGUUUGAACGAAUGAUGGAGCUCAUUAGUAGUGGCAACGCGAAUCGGCAGAUGGCUGAGACGAAGAUGAAUGAGACGAGUUCACGCUCGCAUGCCAUUAUCCAGAUCAACAUGUUGCAGGAGUACCGGUCGACUGACAAAAGAGAUCUGAAGUGCACUAUUUCGUUGGUGGAUCUAGCUGGCAGUGAGCGCCAAGGAAAGGCCGAUUCAUCUGGGCAAAACUUUGAGGAAGCGAAAAAGAUCAACUACUCAUUAUUGAUGCUCGGACGCACGCUGAACUCGUUCAGUGAGCGCAAGGGUGGCGAUGCGUUUAUCCCACUUCGCGAGUCGAAGUUAACACGGUUACUAUCCGAGAGCUUCGGAGGAAACAGUAAGACAUGGAUGCUGGCAACUGUAGCACCGACAGCUUAUAAUUUGGUAGAGACUGUUUCGACUCUGGAUUAUGCCAAAAAUGCCAUGGCUAUCACCAACAAGGCACACAUUAAUAAAACGACUAAGGUUUUAGAUCUAAGGCUGUUAAAGGCUCUUACUGCGAGCUUGGAAAAUCGUCUUGACAAAAUAGUAAGUGAAAGACGCCAAAAAGAGCUUCUUGUUCUCAAGUUAGAGAAGAACAAAAAUGCUCUAAAACUGGCGGUUGAGAUAGCUCGCUCGCAGAAUACCUCUAAUAAUGGUGUUCAAAACACUUUCCAGCGGCUUGCUUUAGUUAAUCAUGACUUGAAGCGGCGAAUCGAAGCGUCUUCUCAAGACAUGGUGUGGGCUCUCGACAAUGAGGUAUCUUACCUUUUUUUCAAGGGACGUUGUGGAAUUAGCUUGGAAAGCAUUUUCCUAGGAGCACGCCGCGCAUUUUGUUGUGCUUUGGAAGCAGAUAAGGGCUCCCUGACGUCGGCGAAGCUACAUAUACAACUCUUUCCCAUCGGCCCAGAUGUGCAGGAGCGUGAAGAUCCGGUGGAGCUGGUUAACAAGGAUAUUUCUUUCUGUCUUCACGUUGUGGGCGCUGAGGGCAUACCUUCCGAGUUUUCAACACAUACUUUCUGCCAAAUCAAGCUUCGUUGUGAUCAAGGGGAUCACUGCUUCCGUACAUCAAUAACUGAAAACACGUGUAACCCGAAAUGGGGUUUAGUCAAGCAGUUUGAAAUACCAAAGCUAAGCCGUGAAGUAGUCUCUGAUUUAUUUUCGAAGCACCUAUUCACCUUUGAAGUAUAUGGAUUUAGCGUGUAA